AUGAGCAGUCCUCGAGAUCAAGCUGAAUCUUCAUCCCGUCGAAAGCUUGGCCGUCGCAAGAUCCCUAUGCAAAAGAUAGAGAAGGAGAGCAACCUUCUAGUCACUUUCUCGAAGCGCAAGUCUGGAGUUUUUAAGAAAGCAAGCGAGCUAUGCACUUUGACGGGUGCAGAGGCUGGCGUCGUAGUAUUUUCUCCUGGUGAAAAAGCCCAUUCCUUCGGACAUCCAAGUAUUGAUUCUAUUUCCAGAAAAUUUCUUAACCCAGAGAAUAUAAGUGGAGGUGAUCAAUGGAGAGAGGGUCGAGAUUUGGCUUGGAUUCGGCAAUACGAGCUCAACCAUUUGGCUCGACCGGAAGCAGAGAUAGCUGCAGAGAAAGCACAGGGCGAACAAUUGCUGAAGAUGAGGGAGAAUAUGAUACCAUCAGGUAUGGAGGGGCACAGUUACGAGCAACUCAAUUGGUUGAGAGGAGCUGUGACCACCUUUGGGAGUGACAUGGAAUCCUGGGUGAAGAAUAUGACUAGUGGAAUGCCUGUUGCCACUCGGCCGGCACCCAAUGUUGGUAUGGAUCAUCCGCAUGGAGUGGGGUCAAGCUCAAUGAUGCCAUAUGAUCAACGCUUGAGGCCGAGUGGAAGUGGCGGCAACAACAAUGACAAUGGCGGGGGACUAUGA